AAAGUGCUAGGAAGGCACCCAGGGAUGACCGAACCGAUCGAUCACUUCCGCCUAGCAGAAAUCUGGAAGGCUUCCUGGGCGAGGUGGUGCUAAGCGGAGUCUUGAAGGCUUAUGGGGUUUAGGAGAGGACGGCUGGGCAACAGACGGUGAGUAAAUGGAGAAAAAAGAAGCUAGAUAAUUGACCUGAAGUCCUACAUCUAGGUUUGAAACCCUGGUCCCAGAGUGUGCCCUUGUAACCCACCACUAUGUUGCCUCCACCACAAGGUGAAGCAGGCAGAGCGCAGCGAGGCAUCUGUCGCUGCCGCCAUGCCGUUCCCAUUUGGGAAGUCUCACAAAUCCCCAGCAGACAUUGUGAAGAACCUGAAGGAGAGCAUGGCUGUUCUGGAAAAGCAAGACAUUUCUGACAAAAAAGCAGAAAAGGCUACAGAAGAAGUUUCCAAAAAUCUGGUUGCCAUGAAAGAAAUUCUGUAUGGCACGAAUGAGAAAGAGCCACAAACAGAGGCGGUGGCGCAGCUCGCUCAAGAACUCUACAACAGCGGGCUCCUGAGCACCCUGGUAGCAGAUUUACAGCUCAUUGACUUUGAGGGCAAAAAAGACGUGGCUCAAAUUUUCAACAAUAUUCUCAGAAGACAAAUUGGUACAAGAACUCCUACUGUUGAAUACAUCUGCACUCAACAGAAUAUUUUGUUCAUGUUAUUGAAAGGGUAUGAAUCUCCAGAAAUAGCUCUAAAUUGUGGGAUAAUGUUAAGAGAAUGCAUCAGACAUGAACCACUUGCAAAAAUCAUUUUGUGGUCAGAACAAUUCUAUGACUUCUUCAGAUAUGUCGAAAUGUCAACGUUUGACAUAGCUUCAGAUGCAUUUGCCACAUUCAAGGAUUUACUCACAAGACAUAAAUUGCUCAGUGCAGAAUUUUUGGAACAGCAUUAUGAUAAAUUCUUCAGUGAAUAUGAGAAGUUACUUCAUUCAGAAAACUAUGUGACAAAAAGACAGUCACUCAAGCUUCUCGGUGAACUACUGUUAGACAGACACAACUUCACAAUUAUGACAAAAUACAUCAGUAAACCAGAGAACCUCAAGUUGAUGAUGAAUCUCCUCCGAGACAAGAGUCGUAACAUCCAGUUUGAGGCCUUCCACGUGUUUAAGCACCUGGGUCUUCGGUUCGGUGGAGAUGAAGUGGGGGCAGCGGACAAGGCUGUAGGGGGAGCCUCGGGGCCAGCCCAGGGGAAGCUUCCAGACGAGGCCGCGCCCCAGCCAGUUUCCUCUCCUUCCUCCCUGACCAUGAGCUUCCCCCGAUUGCGGAGCUCAGGGGUCGGGCAUCACUCAAGCUCAGCUGAGAGCUACAUCCCAACAGGGGACCACACUGCACGCCUCUAG